AUGUUAAGAUUUUACUCGCUUCUUCUUUUCAUUGUCUUUAUAAAUGCUGAACAAUUUCAACCUGAUUGGGAACUUGAUUAUUUAUUUCCAUCAAUGAUUUUCGAGCCAGCUUUUAAAUUAACACCACCAUAUAAACGUGGCAUCUAUUUAUAUUCAUUUAUUAUUCCUCCUCCAAGUAAACUGUAUGGACCUCAUGUAGCUUUUUAUCUAUUUGCUGGGCAACCGAAUAGCAAAACAGCUGAAAUUGUUUUGAAUCAAGAUGAUAAAUUUUUUCAAACAUUAUCUGACAAACAAUAUUGGCAGUCAAAAAAAAUACCAACACCAUUGUCAAUCAAUGAAACAACAAUUGAUCUAUAUAUUCGAGAUGGCGACAAUGUCGGUCCAACUUAUACUAUUCAUGUGAAACGAGCAACUGAGUAG